GAGCCCUACCGAAGGGUCAGGCCCCUGAAGACGAGGAAAUAAAGAAGAGACGGCCGCGGCGGGCGAGGGGUUCAAGAAAGUCGGCUUGGGGGCGGGGUCCGGUCGCCGCCGGCCAGUCGGCCACAACCGCCCCACCCCCUAGAACCCAGAAGGAAGGCGUCAACCCACCCGGCGCGCCUGGAUUGGACAGACCGGCCGUCAAAAAGUCCCUUGGACGGCCACCGUGGAAGACGCCGACGUGUCAACGGGUGGAUAUCUGAGGUGAGGGAAGGGGAUUCGAUUCGAUUCGAUUCCGCCGCGAGGCUAUUCCCCUUCCCCUUCCCCUUCCUCUUCCCUCCUGCAUGAUAGCGAAUCAGCGAUAGCAAUCCUCUACACGGCAUUUGGCUUUGAUUCGAGUUGAAGGCUGCUCCUUGAGGGAGGCGGCGGCGGAGGUCAGGUCGGCAGGUCCCCCAUCACCUUCCCGUCGCAUCGCAUCAGAUCAGUUUGAAGGCGACAUCCGGAAACAAUCGCAAUUCCUUGUUAUCUCCACCAGAAGAAGAACACCAACAAGGGAGGAACCAUGGUUUUCUACGACCAUGACCCGGAUAUCACCCGAUGGGGCCUUCACCUCCUCCUCCCCGCUGCACAUGGAUGCUCUGCCCAUCAUCACACCCAAACCACCGCCACUACACCUUAUACCGCCUACACUCCGCAGCAUCCCAGCUCCAGCUCCGCUGAGAUCAAGGUUGAGCAUGUCCCUCACUGCAGCGAUGAUGCCGUUGACAACGACGAGAUCAUCGCGCAGGCCCUGCAGGAGGAGCUGUCCCACGUCGCCCUUGCAGAAGCAUCCGGAGCGUCAUCCUCCCAUGACGACAACCAUUCCGCUGUUCUCACGCAACACUGGUUCCGCCCACGCACCAUCCAUGUAGCAUCAGCUUCUCAAGAGGCGGAGACCAGGGAGGAACCUUUUAGUUCAUGCUCAAGCCCUGGGGAUGACAAUGUCCAACAUGGCGAGGCUUGCUUGAUAGACCUCAUGGAUGACUUCUCUGUCAUUGAUGGUGAAGUUGGCAAAAGAUUGAAUGACAUGGUUCCUGUUCCUCAUGUCCCCAAGACAAAUGGAGAGAUUCCUUCUGUUGAUGAAGCUGUUUCAGAUCAUCAAAGACUCCUUGACAGAUUGGUGCUGUAUGGCUUGGUUGAGCUGAAGGUUAACGGAGAUGGGAAUUGUCAGUUUCGAGCAUUGUCAGAUCAAUUUUACCGCACUCCUGAACAUCACAGAUUUGUUCGCCAGCAAGUGCUGAAGCAGCUUGAAUUGCAUCCUGAGUUUUAUGCGGGAUAUGUCCCUAUGGAUUACAGGGAAUAUCUCAAAAAGAUGUCAAAGAGUGGAGAGUGGGGUGACCACGUUACAUUGCAGGCUGCUGCAGACUCGUAUGGUGUGAAGGUUUUCAUCCUGACAUCAUUUAAAGAUACAUGCUACAUUGAAAUCCUUCCUGUUGUCGAGAAGUCAAGAAGAGUGAUAUGCUUGAGUUUUUGGGCUGAGGUGCACUACAAUUCGAUAUACCCGGAAGGAGAAGAGUUGCCCAUUACGGAGAAGAAGAGGAGGAGUUGGUGGCCCUUCUAGCAGCAUAUAUAGAAGAGUUGCCAGGAAGAAGAUUAUAUGGAGCAGCUAACCAUCAUACGUUGGUUUUCCCUCGUCGGAUUUUGUGGUCUUGACUGACGACGAUGGAUCGAUGGGGUGGUUUCCCGAUAGGGCAUGUAGAUACAUACAUACAUACUACUGCCACCAGUAUCUGUACAGACAUAGGGUUGAUUAGCACAACAGACAUUUAUUCAUUCAUUCUUCUGUUCUUUGUGGAUACUAGAUCAGACUGUAGUUACUUGGUUGGAUCUCCAGCACUGACUGUCAUGUUAGGAGAAGAAAAGGAAAAUUGAGACUUGAGCUCCA